CCAGCGCUAGGCGGGGGCGGGAGUAAGGCGAGGCCGCCUGGCAGCCUGAGGCGAGGGCCGUGACAGUGUGCGCCUGCGCGGGGCGCCAUUUCCCUCCCCUGCUCGCCGAGCCUAGGCUCCGCCGGGCCUUUGUCUGAUCUUCUUGGCCAGCGAGUCUGCCGCGGCCGCCGUGUCUUACUCGUUCCGCCGGCCUCCUCCAUGAGAGGCCGAUCCGACGGUGGGGUUUGGCCCCCUUCCCGUUUUUCAUCAUGCGACUUCUCUGGGUCGGCACCGCGGCUCGGCGCCGCCCGGCAUACUGGAGCGUCGGCGAAGGGCUGGAUCCGGCGCAGGCUCCGGGGUGCUGGCUGCCGGGUGGCGGAAUUCCUCUGAUGCUUCUCGGAGGAGAGGCGACCCCGGAAGGAGCUGGACGGGUUUCGAAAACCCCGGGUGUUCUUGCUCCAGACGGUUACAAGGGGAGCCGCAAAUGAGCGUUUCUAACGUUCAGUGUAUCUUUGCCUGCCUACAUCAAUCUGCAAGGGAGUUGCAGAAAAGCCUCAUGUUCAUCGAGCCGUGAGUCACAACCAAUUUCUAAGCUGUUAUAACAAAAAAGUGUUUGCUUUUUUUCCACAAGUAACUUUAAAAGUGUAGUUUAGAAAGAAAACAUUUUCAGUAAAAAGACACUACAUUAAUCCUGGAUGCUUGCAAAUCCUGAAAUUUAUUCCUCCUUGACUAUUACACAGCACUGUGUCCUAUACACAGAUUAGCCUUAAAAUUUGUCACAUACCACUUUGCCUUUACUUUUAUGUAUCAUUCCCCCUGACUUCCUUACUGCAGGUGUGGGCAAGAAAGCUUUUCCUUUAAAACUUUUCAACAGCGGGCAUAAAUUUCUGCAGCUGAGUUCUUGAAGAAUGCAGAUGGGUACAGUAUGUGUUGGAGUUCACAGUGUGUAUUGACUAACCUGAUGCUUUUUUUAUUUUUUUAUUUUUUUCCUUUCUUUGGUAUUGUCUGUUAAAAGUGACUCCCAGGUGCCAACUUUCCUUUAUGGGUGGGGAUGAAAGGGGAAUAAGAAGAAAAGGUCUAGAGAUAUUUAACAGUCAGUGACAGAGCUUAAAAGCUUUCUUCCUCUUGUAGCUUUUGGUAAAACACUGCCUAUUAAUUUGACUAUAACAAAAAGAUUAGAUUUCUAAAUAGCUUUGGUUGGUGGAAAUUACCAACCGUAAGUCGUAUGUGCUGGAUUCGUGGCACUUUGAUUACAUGGGUCUUGGUGUGUCAUUGCCCACAUGUGUACUUGGGCUGAUGCCUUUUGAUGCUCACUUUUACUUCUGACUCCUUGGUUUAAUGAUGGAGUUAGAUGUGAUUAAGUGUGCUUCUUAUAAAAUACUUAGAUUAAAAAAUACCUACAUUUCAUUUCAAUUGUAAAUAUCUUUAGAUCAGUUUCUUAGUGUACAUGAUGGGAAAAAUACGGAAAUGCUAGUCUGCAAAUCAUCCAGGUGUAUUAUUGUGCCAGAUAGUGUUGUGUAGUUAAUGAGAUAAUACUUUAUUUAAAACCACAAAUGAAUUUCAGGAGAUGAAACCAGACAGAGGGUCAAGUUUACAGACGAUCGUGUCUGCAAGAGUCACCUUCUGGAUUGCUGCCCCCAUGACAUCCUUGCUGGGACGCGCAUGGAUUUAGGAGAAUGUACCAAAAUCCACGACUUGGCCCUCCGAGCAGAUUAUGAAAUUGCAAGUAAAGAAAGAGACCUGUUUUUUGAAUUAGAUGCUAUGGAUCACUUAGAGUCCUUCAUUGCUGAGUGUGAUCGGAGAACUGAACUUGCCAAGAAGCGCCUGGCAGAAACACAGGAGGAGAUCAGUGCAGAAGUUUCUGCCAAGGCAGAAAAAGUACAUGAGUUGAAUGAAGAAAUAGGAAAACUCCUUGCUAAAGCUGAGCAGCUAGGAGCUGAAGGAAAUGUGGAUGAGUCUCAGAAGAUUCUUAUGGAAGUGGAGAAAGUUCGUGCAAAGAAGAAAGAAGCAGAGGAAGAGUAUAGAAAUUCCAUGCCUGCAUCCAGUUUUCAGCAGCAAAAGCUUCGUGUCUGUGAGGUUUGUUCAGCUUACCUUGGCCUCCAUGACAAUGACCGUCGUCUUGCAGACCACUUCGGGGGCAAGUUACACUUGGGGUUCAUUCAGAUCAGAGAGAAACUCGAUCAGUUGAGGAAAACAGUGGCUGAAAAGCAGGAAAAGAGAAAUCAGGAUCGAUUGAGGAGAAGAGAGGAGAGAGAGCGAGAGGAGCGCCUGAGCAGGAGGUCUGGAUCAAGAACCCGAGAUCGCAGGAGGUCACGUUCCCGGGAUCGGCGACGGAGGCGGUCUAGAUCUACCUCCCGAGAGCGGCGGAAGUUUUCCCGUUCCAGGUCCCGAGAUAGACACCGGCGACAUCGCAGCCGUUCCCGGAGCCACAGCCGUGGUCACCGCCGGGCUUCUAGGGAUCGGAGUGCAAAAUACAAGUUCUCCAGGGAGCGCUCAUUGAGAGAGGAAUCCUGGGAAUACGGGCGUGAGCGAGGGCCCACUGACUGGAGGCUGGAGAGCUCCAAUGGCAAGACUGCAUCACGGAGAUCGGAGGAGAAGGAGGCUGGCGAGAUCUGACCCUGGCUCUGGCGCUGUAAAUAGUCUGACAAAUGCUCAGCACAGCCUAAAUUAUCCUUUAUAUUUGCUGGGUACAACUCAUCUUUUGUAGUCAAUUUCUAUUGUUUGGCCCUAGCUGUGAGUUUCUAGAGUUGUUCAGAGCUGCUCCUGUGUUUGGGGUUAUGUUGUAUAGGAACAAAUAAAUCUGGCGGCUGCCUCCUGACAGCUGUGUUGGAGUGUCUGCUGUCCUCCACUCUAGAGGCACUUUGCUAGGACCCUGCACUGGUGGACACAAAGGCAGGUGCUGCCUUUAACUCAGAAAGCUGACCAAAUGUCUGACCACUUUAACUUUUGGCAUCUUAGGUGCCAAGGCACUCCUAACACACAACUGAGCCAGAUGUAUGUGGCUUUCCUGCCUGGCUCACACUCUGCAUCUUAGCUGCUCAUCUACUAUCCCAGUGCAGACAAUAGAGCCUGCUCUGUGUAGGAGGGGGCGGCCAUAUUACACACUCAUUUCCUUAGGCAGAGCUAUAUCUGUUGGCCUUAGCUCAGGUGACUCACAUUGCAGUUCCACUUUAUUACUUGGUGGAGUAAAGACAUAGAUGCCCCCUACCUGCCAAUCAGGAGGUCCUUUGGAGAGGGUUACAGCUUAGGUCAGGUAUCUUGGGUGGUUUACACCCAAGGUGGGCUUAUUGUUACCCACUGAGCAUGUGUUGCUUACAGAGGACCAAUGCCUUAAGGCCAAAGUGAAGCCCAAAUAGAAAGGAUCACUGAAUAGGAGCUUCUUCCUUCAUGUGUCUGGGAGUUACAGUUUGAUUUUUGGAGGGACCUUUAGUUGGUUGUAUUAAACAUAGAAGCUCUCCCUCUCCGUGCCAUGUUUGUAAAAGUUUAGGUGCUGUUCUUGAGCUUUUGGUUUGAUGGUCACACAUAGGAUCUUGUGCUCUUGUAAUGUGGUACCUGGUGCUGCCCUUGGCUCCUUUCUACAGGAUAUGUGUGGGUACCUGCUCUGUUACUAUGUGAAACAGGCUUUUCCUGGUCAACUGUCUCCAUAUGAAAGGAGGUAGGAUGGAAUAUCUCUGAAGGAGCCAUUGGGGCUCAGUACUGCACACAGGGCCUGUGUGUAGGUUUCAUCGUCUCUAGCCCCUUGGCCUCCAGGUGGAGCUCAGUUCAGCUCUGCUCUGCUAUCUCCCUGGAGUAAGGCCCAUACCUGGGGUUCUUGGCCCCAGGUGGACUUUGUGACUAGUUGUGGCUGCUUAUGCAGGAACAUUUUGUUCCCUGGACUCCUUAAGGCCUUAACUAGAUGGGCCUAACCUCUUGGCCAACAUCAGCAUGUCUGUUUGGAUCCUUUCUGUCUAGAUAUAAAUUUGUAUGUGGAGAAACAAGUGUUUUGGUUUCUUUUAUCAGGGAGUAAAGUUACUGGAAACAUUUCUGAGCCAUGACCUGUAGUACCCACAGGAGAAUCCCUGGGCUCACAUGGCACACAAAUACUGCUACUGGGGUAUACUAGGCAGACCCCUGUUUUGGUAGUAUCUGUUUGUUU